GAAGAAUCAGCCAGCAGUAGCUUUUUCAUGCCUAGUGAAGAAUCAUCAGCAGCAAACGAGCUGUCGUUGAAAGAAUCACAGAACGGAGAAAGCUGCUUUAAAGGAUUCAGGUCCCUUAGACAGAGCGAGGAAAGUGAUGUACCCAGUCAUGGCUUGUUUACAAACGAAAAGGAUCAGUUCGAUCAAGUCCAAGCACUUGGCAUGAAUAAGUUCUCCUCUGAAAGAAGGCUUCUCCCAAAAAAGAAAUCUUCAAAAAUAGACGAUUACUCGUUUAAAACUCCCUUUUCUAAUAAGUUUUCCAACCAUGAUGUACAGAAGUCAGCAGAUAAUGGAGAGGAUGAGCAAGAAUUUAUAGAAGAGGACAACAAAAGUUUUGAUUUAUUUAUAGACUCAGAAGACCCUAAAACACAAGAAUAUUCAUCAGAUCCCGAAAAACCUUUACUUUCAGAAGACGAAGAAAUGUGGAGGAAGGAAUGGGCAGAGUCCCGGAAGGAUAUCUGGACCAAUGCUAUUCUACAGGAGAUCAAUCUGGAAGGGAGCGAGCGUUCGCUCGCGUCCUUCCAGAUUCACCUCAAGAAUAUCUCUGUGCCAAGAAACCAUCUGAAGCUCAACAUUAUCCUCAGGAUUGUAUUACUAUUAUGUUAUAUUGGCGAUGUCGGAUUCUUGCCAUGGAUCAGAAACAGUGAGUGAAUUGAUGACAAAGAGAAAGGUGGUAAAGAAUACUGUAAUAUAAACCCAGCCUGGUUAUUCUAUAAAUAAAGGUCUCUACUUCUACUUCCAAUUGAUGAAUGGCGAAUUCUGAAAAGAUAAGAAUUUAAAGGAAUCUUUUUGCACUGAUGCUCCGUUCAACUUUUUGGCAGGCAGUUUUACUCUCCUUAUCGCAUUCUUAGUGAUAGUGUUCGAGAUCCUAGCAAUGCUAAGUAUACUGAACCUUGUGAUGGAUUACCGUGUAAAAUGGUUCAGAGCGUCUAUAUUCCAGCGUUAUAGUUAUAUCUUUAUAUUCGCAACAGUAGUAAUAUGGUUUUGAUCACUCCGAUUAUGGUGGUCACUCAAGUUCCUGAGUUUCGGAUUUUACGGAAUGUUUGCCAUCUUCAUAGGCUGUAUUCUGCUAAAAUUUCACUACAGGUUCUUUAAGACUAAGCUGUACCGACGAAGGCAAAUAAAUCACCUUCUGCUGGACAAGUAAUUAAUUAUUGGUACUUAAAAAUUUAAGAUGU